AUUUAUAUCUAUAUCUAUCUACUUCAAUAAUUAACAAUUAAUUAGGGUUUCCAAUUUAUCACAAAAAAAUGCAGAAAUGACUGCAACGCAACCUUCAAAUCAGUCAGAUCCAUUUCAGGACGACACUAUUUUUAACUUAUUUCCCCGCACUUUUCGCAAUUCCAAAGACGCCGUUAAAUCUAACGAUCUCAAUUCCAUUCACCAGUUUAUGACUUCACUCUCAUUACAAAAUCCCGAUAAGCAUUUGGAGGAAGCAAGGUUAGUUGUCAAUAGUGGUCCAGAGCUCCUGAACACCAAGGAUAGCGAAGCUGGUACAAAGGAGAAUGAAAACCUUCGAAAUAAUAGACCAGCUCUUGCCAGGAAACGUGCUAAGUUCUCUUUGAAGCCUGAUACAAGCCAGCCUUCUGCAAUCCCGGAACCAAGUUUUCAAUUGCAUCUCUAUAAGGAUCCAGAUGAAUUUUUUGCUGAAGUUGACAAACAAGAAAACGCUCUAAAAGAGUUGAAGAGGCUGGGAGUCAUUAAAGACCUAAAUGAGGCCAAAGUCUCUACUACUGUUAGGCAACUUCGUCCGGGAAUUUCAAAGAGAAAACCUACUUACAAGCAUCAUGUAUACUCUAGUCAGUCUCAAGAUGAGACAUUGCAAGAUAAUGUUGGUGUCUCCAGUCAGUCUCAAAUGGAUGCAUCAUGUGCUCGGGGGACAUUGCAAGAUAAUGUUGGAUUCUCCACCCAGUCUCAAAUGGAUACAUCAUGUACCCAAGAGUCAUUGCAAGAUCACAUUGAGAGUCCACCUGCUCACUAUUCACAACGUGAAUCUUUCGCUCCCAAUUGCCAAUCCAAGGAAAAGGAAUCAACUGCAUCAAUACGUAUGUCCAAGGACAAAGUCAACAAACUCUUCAAAGAUUUAUUAUCUGGUAAUAUCGAUGGCAACAAGGCAUUGCCGUCUUUAAUAGGGAUCAAACCUCGUGUUCGAGAAAAAUUGCAUCUUCCUGACAUAUCUGACAAUCCUCGAAUCGAUCUUUAUUCAGACAUAAACCAGCUAAUAGACAAGAGUAUGUUACCUGAUACAUGUCAUUUGUCAGAUAGUUUACAAGGGAAAUCACUUGGGAAACAGAACAACCCCUUGCUUCCCCUAGCUUCAACCACACCAUCUAAGAGCCCAUUCUCGGCAAUUUCCUCGUUUGGAAAGCAUUUAUCAAAGUCAGUUGAAGCAAUUGAUCCAUUCUCUUCCCAAGAUAUGGAAAUACUUCCCACCAAAGCUUCUGAAAUCAUCGGUGGGCGGUCAAAUGAUUCCAGCAGGCACAAAGACUCAGACAUUUCUGGCACUUUAGACUCAUUAGUGAAAAACAAAGUUGCAGUAACUCCUGCUCCUGACAUCUUGCAGAAGGUUUCACCUGAAACUUUGAAUCAUUUUCUAGAGCCUGAAAAUCUCCCAGAACCGUUGAUCAGCAUGGAUUUGGAUGCAAGGGACAAGGAUGCCAAUGAAGCUGGUUCUUAUGUAGAUAUUAAUGGACAAACAACCCAAAGCGUACAAGAAAAUGCCGAAGAUAUGGUGCAAAAAACCGGAUCUCCUAGAGAACCCAAUUUUGACAUUGAAGAUGCUACUGAUAAUGUUCAAUCCCACCGUUUACAAGAUAUGGACGAGAAUGUUGAAGGCAUGGCGGAGAAGUUGGGUUCAUUCACUUCAGCAGAAGUAAUCGACAUCUCUAUAACAGAGGGGUUGAAAAGCGAUAGUUUGCAGUCAGCUCAAACAGAUGCUAAUGCCACGCAGGAUCUUGAUGCAAGCAGACCUGCUCAAAAUACUGAUAUUGUUCCUGAGCAAAAUCAGGAACAUCGGAAGACAUCAGCACACAACAGAAAGAAGACAACAAAGGCACGUCAAACUAAUUUUAAAAAGCAGCGCCAAAGCCUAGCAGGUGCUGGUUCUUCUUGGGCAGCUGGUGUUCGUCGAAGCAGCAGGAUUAAAAGGAAACCGUUGGAAACUUGGAAGGGAGAAAGAUUUGUGUACGGUCGAAUCCAUAACAGUCUGCCAACAAUCAUUGGUAUCAAAUAUCUCUCUCCAGGAAAAUCAACCUUUAAGGUUGAAUCUUUUGUUUCGGAGAAGUACAGAGACCUUGUUGAGUGGGCUGCUUUGCAUUAACAUUCUCUUGUAAGCUGCGUUUCUGUUUUGCCCUGUCUCACAGCUAAGCAUAAACAUUUUCAAAGUCUGCGCACAUUCUAAUAUGGGCGUAUGAUAUAUCUUCACCCUUCUCGAGUGAAAACAAAACCCAUGGAUAUAGGGCUGCAUGUUUUAUGCUUUAGUGUAUAAUCAUUGAAUGGUUAAUGUAAGCAUAUGUUGAGUUUGUACGGCACCAAGACUCUAGGGUAUAUUCUUCAGUUGUAAUUGUUUUAAUUAUGUUGAAGAUUCAUCAAAUCUGCAAACGUAUAAUUUGCAACCGAUCUAGACAUUAUUAGUGUAUGCAUAUCAUUUAUGAUACGAUGACGACCACAUGACCAAGACAAUGUUAGCCAUCUUUGUUAAUGAACCACUUUGAUGUCACUUCAAUAUUA